CCGCCCACCCUCGUCACACCAUCUCUUUUAAUCCAUUUUUCCCCCCACUAACAGAAAUGGGAUACUUUUGGAAUGGUAGAUUGAAGGGAUCCUCUACUAAAUUAAAACAAUGUGUUAGCGUUGAGUACAAACAAAACUUAAUGUGUGAAGUAGUUCCGGCUGGGCGGGGUCAUGCUCUCUGAUGUCAGCGUCUGGGCGCGCAGUUCAGUUUAGCUGCACCGCAAUGGAGCGAUCGGACAGAGGCAUGUGGGUGCGUUUGAAUCGCGCAGCCGAGGAGUUUUAUGCUCGUCUUCUACAGCUGAUGUACAAGUGCAGUUGGUCAGCAAAAAAGCCCAACCAAAUCUUCUGAAAACUCUUCUAAAUGAAAAUGACUUAGUGUUUCUUGUGGAAAAAGUGGUUUUAGAGAAGGAAGAAACAAGUCAUGUUGAAGAACCACAGUCUGAGGAAACUGCUAUUUCUGAUCUUUCUACUGGUGAAAAUAUUAGGCCACUGGCCUUACCAGUUGGAAGAGCAAGGCAGCUAAUUGGACUUUAUACCAUGGCUCACAAUCCUAACAUGACCCAUUUGAAGAUUAAGCAGCCGGUGACCGCCCUUCCUCCUCUGUGGGUGAGAUGUGACAGUUCAGAUCCUGAGAGUACCUGUUGGCUUGGAGCUGAGCUUAUCACAGCAAAUGGUGCCGUUACAGACGUUGUCUUAUAUGUGGUCACUUGUAAAGCUGAUAAAAAUUACUCUGAAAAUCUGGAAAAUCUAAAAAAUUUACACAAGAAAAGACAUCACCUCUCUGCUGUAACAGCCAGAGGCUUUGCCCAGUUUGAGCUCUUUAAGUCUACUGACUUGGAUGACACUGUUACCCCAUCACAAACUACAGUCACUCUGGAUCUUUCCUGGAGCCCUGUGGAUGAGAUUCUUCAAACCCCUCCCCUAUCUUCAACUGCAACUCUGAAUAUCAGAGUACAAUCAGGAGAGCCCAGAGGCUGUUUGAAUCACCUUCACCGAGAACUGAAAUUUCUCCUUGUUUUGGCUGAUGGCAUCAGGACUGGUGUAACCGAAUGGCUCGAACCUCUGGAAACAAAAUCUGCUGUUGAAUCUGUGCAGGAAUUCCUAAACGACUUAAAUAAACUGGAUGAAUUUGAUGAUUCUACCAAGAAAGACACACAAAAAGAGGCAGUGAACCACGACACAGCUGCCGUUGUCAGGUCUAUGCUUGUCACAGUUCGGGGGGAUCUCGAUUUUGCUGAACAGCUUUGGUGCAAAAUGAGCAGCAGUGUGGUUUCAUAUCAAGACUUGGUGAAGUGUUUCACAUUGAUCCUGCAGAGUCUGCAGUGUGGUGAUAUACAGCCAUGGUUGCACAGUGGGAGUAACAGUUUGCUGAGUAAGCUCAUUCAUCAGUCUUACCACGCAGCCAUGGACAGUGUCCCUCUCUCUGGAACCACUCCACUUCAGAUGCUUCUGGAAAUUGGCUUGGACAAACUGAAGAAAGAUUAUAUCAGCUUUUUCGUCAGUCAGGAACUUGCAUCCUUGAAUCAUUUGGAGUACUUCAUUUCUCCGUCGGUAACGACACAGGAACAGGUUCACCGUGUUCGGAAACUCCAUCACAUUCUCGAAAUAUUAGUCAUCUGCAUGCUUUUCAUUAAACCUCAGCACGAGCUUCUCUUUUCUUUAACACAAUCCUGCAUAAAAUAUUACAAACAAAAUCCUCUUGAUGAGCAACACAUUUUUCAGUUGCCAGUCAGACCAGCUGCAUUAAAGAAUUUGUAUCAAAGUGAGAAGCCGCAGAAGUGGAGAGUAGAGAUCGGCAGUAGUCAGAAGAAGGUGAAAACAGUGUGGCAGCUGAGUGAAUGCUCCCCUGUAGACCAUUGCAGUUUCCACAAACCUGAGUUUUCUGAGUUGACACUGAAUGGUAGUCUGGAAGAAAGGGCUGCCUUCAUUAACAUGGUUACCUGCAGCCAGGUGCACUUCAAGUAAUGAGCGCUGAGAGUCCUGUGCGUAUCCUUUCUCAGCACGAAACACAAAGGGGGGAAAGAGUGAGUUAAUUUUCAGAGCCUAAGAAAUAGCCAUCACAUGAACUCUGAAGCAGAAGAGAAGGGCCAUCCUGAAGAUGCUCUGACAUGUGGAGGCCGGGAUGAGAUCACAUCUCAGCUGUGGCUCCUGAGGAGAAGUGUCAGCAGCAGGGCAGCAAUGAGGAUGGAGAGGACGCAGACGGUAGGGACCACGAUCUCUGAAGGCACGUGCAUGCGCCUAAGCAAGGGCUCUGGAACAGACAGAGAGCCCACCAGAAGUGGGCUUUGUUUUGAAGCAAAAGCUAAAGGAGAUGGGCCACUGCGUUUCUAACUUUUCUCAUUUGUUGUAAAAGUGAACCUGUAAAUCAAAUGAUAUUUCGAAAUGGAGUUUUGGGACCAUGGGACAAAGGCAGCGCGUUCACUUGGCAUGCACACAUCUUUUGGGAAUCCUUACCAUCACACUAAACCUACAUGAGCGCUGGAAAUGUCACAGAAAAUCUGGGGGGACUAACUUUGGUAUUUUAUUGAACUUGAGUAUGGCUAAUGUUUUUGCUAGCAUUGCAUUAAUUUCAAACUAUUAGCACCCAUAUUACCUGGGUUCUCUAGGUUUUUACUGGGGAAAUAAUACUCUGUUGGACUGGGCGUGAUAGUGCACACCUUUAAUCCCAGCGCUGAGGAGGCAGAGGCAACCUGGUCUACAGAGCAUGUUCCAGAAAAGCCACAGCUACACAGAGAAACCCUGUCUCAAAAAGGAAAGAAAAAAAUCCCUUGGAAACAUUUGUAGCUUUUUGAGUUUUUUAUUCUCUAUAUACUUAUAUCUCACAUAUUCAUGUUUCUAAUGGUAAUUCUAACACUUCUUUGUUAACACAAUGGUUCACUAAAAUGUUUAACUAUUUGAUAAUUGUUGUGUGUUUUAAUCUUUAAGAGCUACCUAUUAUAUUCACCAAUGCAAUGGAAGACCCUCAUGUGACUGACUUUGAUUUGUCUGCUGAGCACCCUGGUAACUGAAGUAACCAGGCAUGGAUGUGUUCUCAGGCAGCCCAGCAAGGCUAGUCAGCAAGUCAUUACAGCCUUGUUGCAUUGCGUUGAUUUGAACUAUGUGUGGUUUAUAAUCUGUAGACUAUGGCCUAGUUAUAAUUUAUGAGUGUGGGGAUGCCGCUGUACGCAAGGUUGAGGGGGUUUCUGCACCACCUGCUUUGACCCCACAUUAAAGAACCAUAUUAAAGGGCUGGAGAGAUGGCUCAGUGGUUAAGAGCACUGACUGCUCUUCCAGAGGUCCUGAGUUCAAAUCCCAGCAACCACAUGGUGGCUCACAACCAUCUGUAAUAAGAUCUGAUGCCCUCUUCUGGUGUAUCUGAAGACAGCUACAGUGUAUUCAUAUGCAUAAAAUAAAUAAAUAAAUCUUUAAAAAAAAAAAAAAGAACCAUAUUAAAACAAGAAGUAAGGCUGGAGAGAUGGCUCAGUGGUUAAGAGCACUGACGCUCUUCCAAAGGACCUGAGUUUGGUUCCCAGCAAACAUAGUGGCUCACAACCAUAAUGAUCUCUGUAAUGGAAUCUGAUGCCCUCUUCUGUUCUGUCCAAAGACAGUGACAGUGUACUCACAUACAUGAAAUAAAUAAAUCUUUAAAAAACAAAA